CACACUUCUAUCAAUCAGCAUAAUACAAAGUCCUUCAUUUUCAAAAGCCAUAGCCACAUAGUAGCAGAAUGUUGGGUUGGUUACAAUAAAAUAUAUGGAAACCAAGCAUUGAUUAUGCAUAUUUCAUAGUUUUGGAACAAUUUAAGAAUACCCAGAAAGUAAAAAAAUGAUUUUGCUUACUCAACAACAACCACACCCACUUUUCUUCUUUUCAUCUACCUAUAAGUCCAACCCUACUCCAUAUCACCAUGUCCAACUUCAUCUUGGUUUUAAUGUGUUCACCCCAUUUUCACAUGUGCCCAUCAUGCCCAUUUGCACAGGAAAGGAUUGCAGGAGGAGGAACUGGAACAGAUUUUCCUCUUCUUCUUCUUCAACAGCACCAGCUCCAUUGCCCCCUGACCCAGAUAAGCAACAAGAGCAAGUGAGGGAAGAAAGUGAUGGAGUAGUUGCCCAGGGUAAGAGUCCUGAUCUGAAGACGCUUUUUAGAAGGUUCUGGAAAGUGGCAGCCCCUUAUUGGUCUUCAGAUGACAAGGUCCAAGCAAGAUUGCAGCUUGCUGGUGUUUUUGCUCUCACUUUGGCUACUACUGGAAUCAGUGUUGGCUUCAAUUUCCUAGGAAGAGACUUCUAUAAUGCACUUGCCAAUAAGGAUCAAGAGCAAUUCACAAAGCAACUACUUUACUACUUGGGUGGCUUUGCUGGAGGAAUCCCGUUUUUUGUAUUGAGAGAUUAUGCAAGAGAAACUCUUUCUUUGAGAUGGAGAUCUUGGAUGACGAGCUAUUACAUGGAUCGCUAUCUGAAGAAUCAGACUUUCUAUAAAAUUCAGUCUCAGUCAAUCAUUGAUAAUCCGGACCAGCGAAUUGUUGAUGAUCUAAGUUCUUUUACUGGGACAGCCCUUUCUUUCUCCCUGACACUCUUUAAUGCUGCUGUAGACUUGAUUUCGUUCAGUAACAUCUUGUAUGGAAUCUAUCCUCCCCUCUUCGUUGUUCUUCUCAUAUACUCUAUUGGUGGGACAGCUAUCAGUGUUUUCCUUGGAAGGGGACUGGUGACUUUAAAUUUCUUGCAAGAGAAAAAGGAAGCAGACUUUCGUUAUGGGCUUGUACGGGUUCGAGAAAAUGCUGAAUCGAUUGCUUUCUAUGGUGGUGAAGAUAGUGAAAUGCAACUUCUUCUGCAGCGCUUCAGAAGUGCUUUUGAAAAUCUGACUCAAUUGUUGAUUUCUUCUAGAAAUCUGGAGUUCUUCACCAGUGGCUACCGGUAUCUCAUUCAAAUUCUUCCUGCUGCUGUUGUUGCUCCAAUGUAUUUCUCUGGAAAAAUUGAGUUUGGUGUAAUCAAUCAGUCUGUCUCUGCUUUUAAUCAUAUCCUUGGUGACUUUUCCCUCAUUGUGUACCAGUUUCAAGCUAUAAGUGCUUUUUCUGCUGUUAUUAAUCGGUUAGGUGAAUUUGAUGAUGUUUUGGACAGAGGCAGCUCCAAGUCUCUCUCUGAUACUUUGGAAAACAUACAUAUUACAUACAAAGAUUUUAGUAGUUCAUCUGUAUUGGAAUCUAAUGGAUCGAUUCCACAAGAAAAGAAUGAAACAUUUUUGGAAAUUCAAAAUUUGAUUCUGAAGACACCAAGUGAAUCCACACUUAUUAGAGACUUGUCAUUGACGAUCAAGGAAAAGGAUAACUUACUGGUAAUGGGACCGAGUGGAAGUGGCAAGACUUCUUUGUUAAGAGCUAUGGCUGGUUUAUGGAAAACUGGAACUGGAAAGAUCAUAUACUAUGUCAAAGGCAGAGAAGAUCCCGAGCAAACCAUUUGUUCAGACGCAAAUACUCCUUUAGUAAAUACUGCUGAUGCCACAUAUGAAGAAGAUGGAAAGUUUAUAAGCAGAAAAUCCAGAAUAUUUUUCCUUCCUCAAAGGCCAUAUAUGGUUUUGGGUACUCUUCGUCAACAAUUACUAUAUCCAACUUGGGCCGAAGAUGUAGUUCCUAUAUCAGAUAGUACUAAACCAAGAGAUAUGCUUCCUUUCUUGCCAAACAUGCCAAACUCAGAUAACAAGAAUGAUAAGCCUAUGAAGCCAACAACAGAUGAGUUGAUAAAGAUUUUAGAGGAUGUCCGUCUUGGCUAUUUAUUGGGUCGUUUCAGCUUGGAUUCAACACAUGAAUGGUCUAGUGUUCUUUCACUGGGAGAGCAGCAACGCCUCGCGUUUGCUCGUCUUUUGAUUUCAAAACCUCAAUUGGCUUUGUUGGAUGAAUCUACAAGUGCACUUGAUGAAGCCAAUGAGGUUCAUUUGUAUGAAAAGAUUGGAGUAGCAGGCAUAACAUACAUCAGCAUUGGCCAUCGCUCAACCUUACGUGACUACCACAACAGGGUCUUACGCAUAUCCACAAUCGAUUCUAACCAAGAACAGCAAAAUUGGUGCGUUGAAUCCAUUAGACGUGAAUCCACUUUAAAAUUUACAAAUCUAUGAUGGUAGAGGGCUUCAGAAUUGAUUGCAAAGCUUUGCUGCAUACAUUCUCAGAAGACAUUUAUGCUUCAAAUUCAUUGAACAAUAGUUUUGAUGUAUAUGGAUGUCAAUUUGUAGAUUUUCCCUUGCAACUAGCUGCUAUAACGUUCAAGUUUAAUUCAUACAGGUUGAUAGAAACACUAAUAGAAGAAUGUUUCUUUUAACUUAGGAGUCUUUCUGUUUUCAAUUCAAUUUUUUUUGAAGUAAUGCAUCUUUCAUAGAUUAUGGUUUUGAUUCAGUGCAUCCAAUUUACAUGCACUAAGUUGAUAAAGUAUUGACAAAUUAUUAA